CUUGGAGCUGCUCCUCUCUGUCUCCCUUUAUUCUCGCUAUCCGGAGCCGGUGCGCAGAGCCUGAGAGACCCCUCCCCGGAGCAGAGGGACAAAGCAGUGAGAGAGAGGCACAGAGGCUUCCCCCAUACACCUGCUGGGAGUCACCCUGAGAGCCCAAUACAUCGUGGAGUUCAGAGUCUGUGGCCCCCUCGCUGCCCAUAUGGAUCUGCUGUGGUCGGUAACUCUGCUGCUGCUGCCAGGAUGUUUCUGUGCGGUGACUGUUAAUGUCCCUUCACCAAUUGACGCUGAGAUUGGGGAUCAAGUGAACAUCCAGUGUAAGCCAUCGGCCGCCGGGUCACCCAAGUACAGUGUGGAAUGGUUUGUGACAGAUCAGUAUGGGGACCCCCAGCGCAUCGCAUCAUACAGCAAUGGAAGAAGUAUCACAGAUCCAGGAACACAAUACAGUGACAGAGUGUCGGUCAACGCUGAGCUCAGCCUGGUAAUCAAUGAUGUACGUGUAGAGGACGAAAGGAGCUUUCUCUGCAAAGUGAAUGCGGGGAGUGAAGGCACAGCUAAGGGUAGUGCUGACAUGAAAGUGUACGAUCCACCAGAAAUGCCAGAAGUCUCCUUGACUGCAGGAAUAUUGUCAGUCACUGAAUCGGAUGCAGUGGAGAUUGGAACCUGUAUCGGUCGGAAUGCAUAUCCUGCUCCAACUAUUGAGUGGUACAAGGACAAGCAAUCCCUAAACCCACCAAAAAGCCCAAACAAGGAUCUGUACAUGACCUCUCGCACCGUCAGGGAAGCCUCUGGUUUGUUUACGGUCUCCAGCACUCUCUUCUUAAGGCCAACGAAGCAAGAUGCCGAUUCUCAGUUUUCCUGUAGAGUUGUAUAUCCUGUACCCGGGGGAUCUUUCAGCUUUAUGGAAUCUUAUUCCUUUAAUCUGACAUUGCACUUUUACACAGAGGAUGUAAACUUCCAGUUGCUAUCAGCUGUUCCUAUUAAGGAGGGGGAUGAUUUGACUUUUCGUUGUGCCGGGGAUGGGUACCCUCCUCCUUCCUAUAUCAUUGACAGAAUCAAGGAUGGCACAGAGGAAGAAUUGUAUUCUGGAACUGAAGGAAUCUUCAUAAAACAUAAUGUGUCUAGAGAAGACGCAGGGACGUAUCGCUGUCAUGCUCUGGACUUUGACACCCCACCAGAGAUCAGUCUUGUCCGAGAGCAGAGCAUUUUUGUGCACUAUCUGGAUCCUCUUUCUGUUCUCCCACAAGAACCAGUCACCGUAUCUCAUGGCAGAGACCUCCAGCUUUUUUGCUCGGGUGAUGGCUCUCAGAAGCCCCAUCUGAGCUGGAAAAAGGGUGACAAGAUGAUCUCAGACACCAGUAGAUAUCGACUGCGUGAUGUCUCAUACGCCGACGCUGGGGUUUAUACGUGUGUGGCUACUGUACCCGAAGUGCCUAGACUAAUGAAGGAGCAGAGUAUCACUGUCACAGUUGAGGGAGUCCCUCAGAUGGAACGUGGGGAUGAAGUAGUUGAAGUACUUUCUGAAGGUUCUAUGGUGACGCUAACCUGCUCCGCUCAGGGAUUCCCGGAACCAGAGAUCAUCUGGAACCCACCAGAAUUAAAGAGCUCACAAACAGUAAACGGGCAACACGUGAUAAGCACUGUAACCAUGAAAGCCUCAUCUAAGCUGAUGAAUGAUAUUUCCUGCACUGCAAGAAAUGAUAUUGGGACUGCUGAGAAAAAAUUCACUUUGAACAUGAAUCCGGUGUCACCAAGUGCAAGACCGGCCCAAGAGCAGACCGGUGGCAGUAGUACAGCCGUCAUCGCAGUGGUUGUUUGUGUCAUUCUCCUCCUUCUGGUCGUAGCCCUCUUCUAUUUCUUACAGAAGAAAGGAAAAUUAACGUGUGGAUCAUCUGAGAAGCAGUCAUUAGCCCAGGAUCCUGCUUCAGCUGAGCUCGCUGUUGAGUUGAAGUCAGAGAAAGGUAACGAGCAACGAGGACUUCUUGGUUCCCGCGGUGGAGGUGGCCAGCCGUCAGAGUGUUAACAACAAGGAGCACUGAGCUCAGCCAUGGAAGGACAUUUGGAUGGACAGCUCUAUCUUUGCCUGCCCUGGAACUCACUUGCUGCCUCCAUGUCUUCAGCCUGUGGAUUUCUGCUUUCUCUGCUCCCUGCACUUGUCUCAGAAUGUUACAAAAGAAAAAAUCAAUGCAAGGACUCAGUUCAAUGAGAUGCUCCUGAAAGCCCUAUGGACCGCUUGUGUGAUGCUAAAGGAGAGAGCCCCCCAUCCAACCUCAGGAUAUCUGACUUUUAUUAUGACUCGUUGUGGGGGUCUCUUAAUAAGGUCUGUUGUGGGGAAUCACCCUCGGCCCCCCACAUUGCCUUAAUGUCUAUUGGCCAUUGCUGCAUUACUACAGACCUCUGUCAAUUUGCUUCAUUUUUAUCCAUUUUGCCUUAUUUUUCCCUUUUUGUUGCUUUCAGUUUAUUUUAUUCCUGUUUUUAUUUCCCAGACUCUGUGUGAAAGAUCUCCAUAAGCCCGCUGGGUGAUGCUGCCUUCCCAGCAUGCCUUGGGGGAGUAGCACUGUGCGGACUUUAUUGAAUUACACUGGUCUUGGCCUGCCCUUGUUUGGGCCUAUCUGUAUAUAAUGUAUUUACCUGUUGUCAGUACACUGGUUAGAUCCUCAGUUUGUCUCUAUGUUUGUUGUCAUUGCAAUCUCCCAGAAACAUACCCGGAAUUAUUUUUACGCGGUUUAUAUACUGUAUGGCCAAAAUUAAAUUGCCCCCCCAUCUAAUUACCAGAACUGGCUAUGUAAGCCACAGCCGGCAUUGCCCUAACAGGUACCAAUACAUCCUACAAUGACAUGCUUGACUGUUCCAUGCUUUCUACUUUGUGCCAGCAGUUUUGGGGAGCACUCUUUGAGCAGGAUAAUAACCCCAUGCACAAAGUAAGGUCCAUAGUGAAGGAUUUUGCUGAGAUGGAAGAAGAAGAACUUGAUGGUCUGCACAGGGCCAGUACCUCAGCCCAACUGAACACCUGCCUCUGUGAGCUAUCAGUGCCCAACCUCUUACAUAUAACUGGAAGGAAAUCCCACCAACAUCUAGUGAACAGCCUUCUUUGAAGAGUAGAGUGUAAAGUCUGUUUCAGCAUUAAAGCAAGGACCAAUCUCAUAUUGAUACCCUUGGCUUUAGGAUAAAGUCUCCACAUACUUUUGGCCAUAAAGAGUAUCUGCUAGGUUUCUUAAUGGCAUCCAUAAACCUACUAGAUAAUAACACUUGUUAUGGAAAUUUCAGAUACUGAUAGUUGUUUGAGGUAAUUAGGUAAGGUUUAUUAGACACGUACAUUAUAUGGGUUCUGAGCAACACUUAGUCAGAACAAAGACAGCACAGGGUUUAUAUAGACUUUGUGACAGUAGCAUAUGUCAUAAGAAAUGUAUGAGCAUAGGCGUUACCAGUUUACCAGUGUACGCACAUAAAAUAUCUGUUCUCAGCACAGAAAACAAGGUCUUUGCCAAACAGGUGGUUCUGUCUUCAAGACUAUAGUUGACGUAAGGCUAGCUUGAGAACAGAAUCCAUCCAAGUCAGGGGGCAUGUGGGUGAAUCUGCACUCACAGAAUGUAUUCUUUAUCACACUUAACCCAAAAGCUUACUGCAGGGUUGUAUGUAUUUCCGUGCAGUUUGGCACAAUGAUUGUUUUAUUAUGUGUCCUGCGUUUAAGGGAAGUCUUGUGAUCUUACAAUGCCAUAUUGGGACAAUUUAUGAAUCAGCAUUGGUAUAUUGGUUAAGAAAAAAAAUAUGCUACAGAAUAAUGGUCUGUUCCAAACAGCUGUUAGGGAGACAAACGAUCCCCUGUAGUUGCACCCUGUUUUGGGGAGACAAAUGAUCCCCUGUAGUUGCACCCUGGUUUGGGAGACAAAUGAUCCCCUGUAGUUGCACCCUGGUUUGGGAGACAAACGAUCCCCUGUAGUUGCACCCUGUUUUGGGGAGACAAAUGAUCCCCUGUAGUUGCACCCUGGUUUGGGAGACAAAUGAUCCCCUGUAGUUGCACCUUGUUUUGGGGAGACAAAUGAUCCCCUGUAGUUGCACCCUGUUUUUGGGAGACAAAUGAUCCCCUGUAGUUGCACCCUGUUUUGAGAGACAAAUCAUCCCCUGUAGUUGCACCCUGGUUUGGGAGACAAAUGAUCCCCUGUAGUUGCACCCUGUUUUUGAGAGACAAAUCAUCCCCUGUAGUUGCACCCUGGUUUGAGAGACAAAUCAUCCCCUGUAGUUGCACCCUGGUUUGGGAGACAAAUGAUCCCCUGUAGUUGCACCCUGUUUUUGGGAGACAAAUGAUCCCCUGUAGUUGCACCCUGUUUUGAGAGACAAAUCAUCCCCUGUAGUUGCACCCUGGUUUGGGAGACAAGUGAUACCCUGUAAUUGCACCCUGGUUUGGGAGACAAAUGAUCCCCUGUAGUUGCACCCUGUUUUUGGGAGACAAAUGAUCCCCUGUAGUUGCACCCUGUUUUGAGAGACAAAUCAUCCCCUGUAGUUGCACCCUGGUUUGGGAGACAAGUGAUACCCUGUAGUUGCACCAUGUUUUGGUGAGACAAAUGAUCCCCUGUAGUUGCACCAUGUUUUAGUAAGACAAAUGAUCCCCCGUAGUGAUCAAGCCACCGUACGGCAAAGCAGCUUGCUUAUUGCCUCCCUCUUCCAACUCCAUUUGUUGAAUGAGAGAAUGAACAUUGCGCACAAUUUCUGUAUUUUAGUUAGUAGAGGGGGAAACCAUGAGACAGGGAGUAAGUAACUGGUAUGGAGGGAAUAUUACAGUUACCACUUUGAGCUACCAAAAUAUAUUUUUUGGGGCAAUUGAUAGCCAGUGAAUGUGAUUGAAUAUUUAAAAUAUUCAUCCUGGAGCAGUGCAGUAAGAAAAACUGUUGCGAUUGCUACCUUUAUUUCUCAUCCCUACAAAUCCCCAAGUAGUGAAAUUUGCCUAAAAGAAGAAUAACGUGGGCACCCUUUUAUUGACUUCUGAUGAGGGAACAUCAGGGGACAUGCCGCUGGAUAGGGACACGCACAUGCAGUUAUAUAUACAGUCAGUGUGACAUAUAUAGGAAAGAGAAAUGUUAUUUUACUGCUUUUGGCACUGAAAUGUUGGGGGGGGGGUUAAGAUAAUGGUCUCAAAGGAGAGUCAUUUAGCAAAGUCAUCAAGCAAUAAACUUUGUGUUCUUUUUUUUUUU